UAUUUUCGUCCAUUUAACUCUUUAUUAGCGGGAAUAAUUAAGUGAGGUUCUCUUCUAAGGAGAGGAGAAGCGCGUGCGAGGAAAAUCCAGAAUUUUAUGCAGGAGGAAGAUAGCCGAAUAGAGACUACACGAGCAAGAUUUUCAAAUGUACUCAAGAGGCAUGCAGAACUAACAGACCGUCUUUCUAGGGACUCCGACAAGAUGAUAUUUGAGCGUUUGCAGAAAGAAUUUGAAGCUGCACGAGCUUCCCAGACUCAAGAAAUUUAUUUAGACGGUGAACAAUGGAAUGAUGGCCUAUUAGCUACGAUAAGAGAACGGGUUCACAUGGAGGCUGACAGAAAAGCAAUGCAGGGGGAUAUAAAUAUACCAAGUUCCCAUUUCCUGGAAAAAAUUACAUAUAGAGCUGGAAAUAAGGUGAUUUGUUGUCUGGAAGGUGCAAGAAUUGGCAUACAAUAUGAAACAUCUUUUGCAGGAGAACCUCGUGAGCUUUAUCACUGUGUCCUUGAGAGCAAGUCAUUUCUAGAAAGGAUGACUGUCCUUGAACACACAAUUCCUUUCUUUCUGCCAAUACGAGAAGCAGAAAAUGAUCUUCUUUCUUCCAAUGCUAUGAGAUUUAUAGAUCAUGUUGGAGAACUUCUGCAAGCAUAUGUGGAUAGACGGGAGCAGGUUCAGCUUAUUAAGGAGCUAUAUGGAAAUCAAAUCGGCGAGUUGUUUCACAGCCUUCCCUAUCACAUGAUUGAAUUUGUACUAGAUGAUUCGGAUUGGUUAGUACGUUCCUGUGAUUACACCUCUGUCCAAUAAAGGAUUCCUUUUCUU